CCUGCGCGUCGGGGAAAGAUGGCGGCGGCCGGGGUGGGCGCGGGGCGCAAGCAGGUGCGACAGGAGGAGCUGCGGCGCCUCAUGCGGGAGAAGCAGCGGCAGAACGCGGGGAAGAAGCGGAUCGACUCGCCCUUCGCCAAGUACAACAGCCUGGGGCACCUGAGCUGUACGCUGUGCAGCGUGCCCGUGAAGAGCGACUUGCUGUGGCAGACCCACGUCCUGGGCAAGCAGCACCGUGAGAGAGUUGCAGAAUUAAAAGGCACGAAGCAGACAGCAACUAGUUCAUCUGCUGACACAUCAUCUCAUCCUGUCAAGAGAAAAACUGUUGAGACAGAAAAUACAGAGCUAAAGAGAGUCAAAGGUACAGACAAAAAGCUACAUACAUCUACGUCUGGGCUACCCGCGGAUUUUUUUGAGGACACGGAGCAAGGUGGUUCAAAUGCACAGCUUUCAAAGCGCCCAGGCCCCAGCUUAUUGUCAGGAAAUUAUGAUGAUGAGGAUGAUGAGGAUGAUGAAGAGGAGGAGGAACAAGAGCAAUCAAACAAAUCUUCUGUCACACGUAAAACUGAAAUGCCCUCUCCAGCUCAAGAAUCAAUAGCUAAUUCUCUACCUGCAGACUUCUUUGACAGCAAAACUACAGCUGCUCCUAUAGUUUCCCAUUCUGGAUCCAUACAAAAAGCAGAGAUACAAGAGAAGAUAGUAGAAAGGAAAGAAAACACUGCUGAAGCUUUGCCAGAAGGUUUCUUUGAUGAUCCUGAAGUGGAUGCAAAAGUACGGAAAGUCGAUGCUCCAAAGGAUCAGAUGGACAAAGAAUGGGAUGAAUUUCAAAAGGCAAUGCGACAGGUCAACACAAUUUCAGAGGCAAUAGUGGCAGAAGAGGAUGAGGAGGGACGACUGGACCGUCAGAUUGACGAAAUUGAUGAGCAGAUUGAAUGUUACCGCCGCGUUGAGCUUUUGCGUAACCGCCAGGAUCUGAUGAAGGAGAAGCUAAAGGAAGCCAUGAGAUUAAGAGCAACACAAGAGAAAGAGGAUGAGGCUAUUGGGAGCGAAGAUGAAGAAGAACUGCAGGAUUUGCUGUCUCAGGAUUGGCGGGUGAAAGGGGCUCUGUUGUAGCAUUUCUGCAGCGUGGCUGACGGUCUCGUUAUCUGUGAUGCUGCUUCCAUUGUUUGAAGUGAGAGGCUUUUGUUAAAUAUUUAUUUAAAGAGGAUUGUGAGAUGGUGAAAAGCCAGCUGCAUUGAAAAUAAU